ACCGUUGUGAUUUGGUUGAAACAAUAGGCCAAUAGGCAUUAGCAUCCCACAAAACCUGAAAACCUAGCAGAAGCAAGUGCACAGGAAACAAAGCAGAAAGCAGAAAGCAGAAAGCAGGGAUGGAAAAGCACUCAGAUGAGGAGAAUGGCGUAGAAGAAGAACCUCGAUCACUUGAGCAGAAGGAGAAGCGAAAGGGGAAGCACGACAAGCCAAAGCCAUGGGACGACGACCCAAACAUCGACCACUGGAAGAUCGACAAGUUCGACCCUUCGUGGAACGACGGCGGCAUGCUCGAAGUUAGCUCCUUCUCCACUCUCUUCCCUCAGUACCGCGAAAAGUACCUCCAAGAAGCUUGGCCCAUGGUCAAAUCCUCACUCAAGGAGUUCGGUGUUGCUUGCGAACUCAACCUCGUUGAGGGUUCCAUGACUGUUUCAACCACCAGGAAGACUAGGGACCCCUAUAUUAUCAUCAAAGCCAGGGAUCUUAUCAAGCUUCUAUCACGAAGUAUUCCUGCUCCUCAGGCGAUAAAAAUACUUGACGAUGAGAUGCAAUGUGACAUCAUUAAAAUCAGCGGCAUGGUUCGCAAUAAGGAGCGAUUUGUAAAAAGAAGACAACAUCUUGUGGGCCCCAAUUCUUCCACCUUGAAGGCUCUUGAAAUACUCACUGGCUGCUACAUUCUCGUCCAGGGAAACACAGUUGCUGCUAUGGGUUCAUUCAAAGGCUUGAAGCAAGUCAGAAGAAUUGUUGAAGAAUGCAUGCUGAAUAAAAUGCAUCCUGUAUACAACAUUAAGGUUCUUAUGAUGAAGAAAGAACUUGAAAAGGAUCCAGCACUUGCCCAGGAGAACUGGGAUAGGUUCCUUCCAAAAUUCAAGAAGAAAAAUGUUAAGCAAAAGAAGGUUAACACUAAACAGAAGAAACCAUACACUCCUUUCCCUCCACCUCAACAGCCCAGUAAGAUUGAUAUACAAUUAGAAACUGGAGAAUACUUUUUAAGUAACAAAAGGAAAUCAGCAAAGAUAUGGCAAGAGAAGCAAGAGAAGCAGGCUGAGAAAACUGCUGAAAACAAAAGGAAAAGAGAAGAGGCCUUUAUCCCACCCAAGGAGCCUGCAAAUCUGGUGGAUAAAUCUGAGGAUGCUAACAAUAAUGUAGCUGACAUGGCAAUUUCCUUAAAGAAAAAAACAAAGAAGUUUGGGAAGCGUAAAUCUGAAGAAAAUAUAGAUGCCGAGACAUAUAUUGUAGGAUCAUCAGAACAAGCAUCGGGAAAGAAACCCAAGAAGCAAAGGUCUUAAACAUAAUCUUCAUUUUGGAGACGAAAGAUGAGCAUGUGAUGUGGAUGUGAAUUUAAUCAAGAUCUUCUGUAUCCAAUGCUUUGGCAGUAACAGUUUUGACAUAAAUGUAUGAGGCGUAGUUGUUCGUUCCAUUUGUCAUGGAGGAUGAGUGCGUGGCAUUCUGUAUCUUAUUUGUAGUUGCCAAUAGACAUUAAGUCAGUAACGUGUACAACACUUCUAGUCCUCUAAGUUUUACAUCUUUUCCCUUUUAAAAACGUUGUCCGACACAUGUUGAUACUAUAGCUAUAGUUUUGACAUUGAGAUUUAUUUGUUAAAUUUGGUCUGGUCCCAAAAAUAAAAGGGAAAAAGAAUCAGAAACACAUUUAUUCGAGUUU